CUGUGAAAUGUGUAAUUUAAAUCAGGGGACCGAUAAUUGAAAUUUGCGGUUUUGGAAUGGCAGAUUUUUGUUUAUUGCAAUCGGUGGAAAGAUCCCCCGAGCAUACAUUGAACAAUGAAUCUGGUACAAAUCCCGUUGAAAUAUCAUACGGGUCUGUAUCUUCCGAAGACAAUGAUCAGAUCAUAAGUGUAAAGCAGAAAUCGUCAAGGAACAAUCAGAAGAGUAACAAAUAUGAGACGCAGAAAGCGUGUGGUGGACGAACGCCCACCAGGUCAGUGUGCCUUGAUAUUUUGCAUUCAGUGUGCAUUUAAACUACAACUGCUGGAGAUUUCGUCAGACCUGGAAUUUCUCGCGAUGGCAAAAUUUCAUCUUUAGUUUCGUUUACCUUCAUUCUAGCAAUUAUUAUUGCUGUUUUGUUUGUCACCACAUGCUCAGAAAAAUUGAACAUUGACGAAGAUGGUAUUAUAUUUCGAGUUUUACUGAUUUUUCUUUUGCUGGUUGCAAAUCUGAUUUACCUGAUCUUGAUCCGUAGACGACAAACAGUGUCUAGUGAUGUGACGAAUAAUUCUCCCCACAUGGUAAAAAAUGUAAAAAUAGUUUUUCUUGGUAUUUUUACUGUGACGUGCAUCACGUUUCAUGCUAUGAGAGUUAGUAUACACAUUGUAUGCCCAGAGUCUUCAACAACAGACAAUAUCCUACGAAUAGUGUAUGAUUGUGAGAUAUCUUUGUUUUACGUUUUGCAGUUUACUUUUAUCAUGCUGUACUCAAAGAGGAUUGUUUACCCUUCCUGUUUAACACAUUUUGGUGCCACAGUACUCGCAGUAACGAACGCUGCUACAUUUAUAUCUCAUUCUACAAAAGCGUACUUCGAGGAAAAGGGGGAUCAUCAAAAGAUAACUGACUGUUUAAACCAAACAAUAACAUACGAAGUAUAUCAUAGCAUAAAACCAUUCUUAGAUCCCACUUUGCUUGAAAAUGCACUAUUUGCCAUCCUCUUCAUAAAUGACAUUUUUUCAAGUUGUAAAGUUAGAUCUGGAGAGAACAACCCUGCUACAGACCAAACUUUAAAGGACCCACGUUCAGUGGAACUUCCGGUAAAUGCGCAAUCGCUUACUAAACGACCAAUUAGGAAGUGGAUAUCAAUAGUAUGUUUUGGUUCAAUCAUAUGUUCCCCAUAUGUCGUCAUUAGGCUAGUUCAGUCACAUAACGACCAUGAACAACCUUUUGCACUUUAUAUAACACAAACUGUUUUCUUUCUAAUUUUUAAAUCACUUAAUUAUCUGGCAGUAAUCAAAUGUUUUUACUUCCUGCGCAGGAAAGGACAACAACAUGUCAAAUCUUCAACAACAUCUUUGAAUCUUAGCCACUAUUUAAUCUUAUUAAGUGCUUUUGGUACAGUUAUUUAUUUUGGGCUACAUUUGAUUGCCAGUUUUGUUUCCCGUGAGAAAUUGUAUUUGAUGGGAAAUAUAAUGAAUAUGAUGGCAACAUUUGUUCAAACUAUCCUAAUACUCCAAAUGAAAGAUUAUCAAAAGAUAAACGAUAAAACUAAAAUAUCUUCUAUAUCCAAUAUGUUUUUAUUUCUGUCAAUUACAAACUUAGGUUUGUGGGUAUAUGCUACGUUCAUUGAGGCCCAUUUUAUAUACAAACAGUUUUACGCAGUUCAGUUUUAUGGAUACGAAACGAUGUUAAUGGUUAAAAAUAUAGUCCUACCUAUGUGCAUAUUCUAUCGGUUUAAAUGUUUUCUAGCAUUUUUAGAUCUAUCAGGAUAUUUUUUUUCAUGUAUUUGCAAUAAGCAAACAUCAAAAAGGGGAAGUUAUGAAAGAAUGUAAAUAAAAGAGAAAAUGAAGCUAUGCAUGUGUGAUACAUGUAUGAUUGCCAAUGAGACAACUAUCCACCCAAAUUCAAAUGAAGUGGAUGUAAGCAAUUAUAGGCAACCGUACGGCCUUCAACAAUGAUAAAAAACCAUACCGUUUGUCGGCUAUAAAAGACUCCGACAUAAAAAAUAUGAAACAAUUCUAUUAAGGAUGUAUUCUUCUGACGUUUAAACAUGUGAUACAAGUGGAAAAUAUCAACGAAUUUCAAAAAUAUUAUAAUCAAACUUAAGUGUAUGAAAAAAUUGUGUAUUAACAAUGAGCAGUUUUUGAGUAAUAAAAAUUUCAAAUUUAAUCACCAAUCAAGUCAGUCUCAUUAGCCUAAAUGUUGAGAAAAUGGGUGAGGGGUACACGAAAUGAUUUUACCAGAAACAUGUACAUCCCAUAUC